AUGGCGCCGAGCGACGAUGGAGAAGCCCAGCAGCCGGACACCGCUCAGCGGCUGCAAGCACUACAGGCGGAGACUGCGGCGCUGCCGGAUCCUAGCGCCGCAGUUGCCUCGGAUGCGCAGUUCUGCGUCUGCAUCCUCUCUUUCUCCGUCUCGGUGUCUAGCGAAUGUCAGGUGCUGCGACCAGGCGCUGGGAGUUCGGCUGGCUGCGAGUCCGAGUUCUGUCGUCUCGGGGGCUCUGAGGUGUUCUGGUGUCGCCACUGCCACAACGAGGCAGGCGCCCCGCCCCGCACCGGCGGCAGCCUCGCGGCCAAACAAGACGACGGGAGGCCGCCAGUGGGAGUGAGAGGCCCCACGAGAUCGACCGCUCGAAGAUCACCGAGGCCGCUGCGUCGCUCGUCAGACGAGUCUUAUAUGAAGAAAUGGCAGCAGGUGAUUUGCGACGCUUGUGGCCACCGGCAAGCGCCGACACAGCCGGGGCGCCACGUGCUGGCGGGAUGUGGACAACUGCGUGCAGCCGAGGAAUUGCGAAGUUUGCAGCCUGGGCCGCAGCAGGAAUACUCGGCAUCUCCGCCACGUCGUGGCGUUGUUGUGGCAGGCUGCCUUUUUGCAGCUUACUUCUGCCCAGAAU